GGUGUCGACGCCGUAUUUCGCGUCGCGCUUGACGAGAUACUAUAUUUUUAAUCCGAUAAAAUUUACAGAAAUCCUUCGGAUUUCUAAUUAGAAAAUGGUUCAGAAAAAGCCUAAGAAGAAGGUUGGAAAGAAAGUAGCUGCCGCACCAUUGGCAGUUAAAAAGGUUGAACCGAAGAAAGUGACCAAUCCACUCUUUGAGAAGCGAACACGUAACUUUGGCAUUGGACAGGACAUUCAACCGGCUCGUGAUCUCAGCCGCUUUGUAAGAUGGCCCAAAUACAUUCGUAUUCAGCGUCAAAGAUCUGUGUUGCAGAAGAGGUUGAAAGUACCUCCAACAAUAAACCAGUUUACACAAACAUUGGAUAAACAAACUGCUACACAGUUAUUCAAGGUAUUAGAAAAGUACCGUCCUGAAUCAUCAGCCAUGAAGAAGGCACGAUUGAAGGCAAGAGCUGAACAGAAGAUUGCAAAAAAGGAAGACACACCGACGAAGAAACCGAAUGUCAUUCGCAGUGGAACCAACACAGUGACUACACUAGUGGAGCAAAAGAAAGCUCAGCUAGUUGUUAUAGCUCAUGAUGUUGAUCCUAUUGAGAUUGUAUUGUUCCUUCCUGCCUUGUGUCGUAAAAUGGGCGUACCAUACUGUAUCGUUAAAGGCAAAGCCCGUUUGGGACGUCUGGUUAGACGCAAGACCUGCUCAGCAAUUGCUCUUACUCAAGUGGAUUCUGGCGAUAGAGCCAACUUUGCAAAGAUUGUUGAAGCUAUUAAGACGAAUUUCAAUGAUCGAUAUGACGAAAUCAGGCGUCACUGGGGUGGUGGUUUAUUGGGAAGCAAAUCUGCGGCAAGGAUAGCGAAAUUAGAAAAAGCUAAGGCGAAGGAACUCGCACAGAAACAAGGUUAAUAUCAUUGCCUUGUAUUAUCUACAAAUUAUAUAAAAAAUAAAAGAUAAAAUAAA